AUGGCACAGCAGCAUUUCUGGACGUUUUGUCUCGUUCUGACUUUUGUCCCUCAAAUUCUUUCUCUGGAAUGCAAAUGGAUGGAUUUUCAUUUCAGACAUAAGAAUGAACUAAGUACUGGGUUUCUGAAAGACAUGGGUGGCAAAUUACCGCUGAAAUGUCUUACCGAACAGAUAAACCUGCAGUUUCCUCAGAACGCCUAUAAUUCAGAAGAUUCAUCGACUGAGACAACUGUAUUGAUUGCAUAUAACGUUCUGAACCACGUCUUCAACCUUUUUGACGAAACUCUUACACCUGUGUCUUGGGACCUCUCAAAGCUGCAUUACUUCAAAAAUAUCCUAUUCCGUCAGACAGGCAAGCUUGAGGAAUGCAUGGAAGGUCAAACAGCUUUCGCUGGGGAUCUGCACUCUUUUGCCGACCGCAGCGAGCUUCUGAAGACGUACUUUGAAAAGAUGGAAAAUGUUUUAAAGGACAAGAACCACAGUGUCUGCGCCUGGGAAAUCGUAAGGAUGCAAGUUAUUCGUAACUUGGAGCAGUUACAUAUGAUGCUUGACAGAGCUGGGAAUCCUUAA